AAUAAGCAACGAGCAAACAUGUAUAUAAAUAUGUUAUAUAGAUAUGUUCGAGUUCUUGACUAAGUCCUUCGUUUCAUAUUUCAAACUUGGCGCCUAAGAUCGGUGUCUAAUCGAAAUCAUCAACACAAAAACUAAGAAAUGUUUCAGUGUUGGUAAACAAACGCAUGAAUUGGCAAAAUACUUAUCGAUGCCGAUGUAUCGAAAUGACACGAUCAACCCUGGGCAUAAAUAAGCGGCAAAAGAAGCAUCAAAACAUAUAAUCAAAACACAAGUGGAUUUAUGCGCUAAUCUUUAUUUGUUAUAAAUGGAAUCCAUAAAUUUCAAUGAUUUCUCCGUUAAGGAACGUCACGAGAUCAUUACGGCGUUUCUCAUUAAAAUGCGUAAAGCAAAUUCGAUGCACAGCGCGCACAGUUUCUUUCAAUAUUAUCUCAAACAAUUUUACAAGAUGCCAACGAAACUGCUCGACGAUAUAAUCUAUUGCCAGCGCGCUAUGAAAACGUAUCUCUCUGUACAUCAGACAAUCACAAAUGUCUUUGCCGCGCAGGCAGAUGCCGAUCCCGAGAUUAAGAACAAUUAUCUACUCGAGAUUGAGGACACUGUGCAUCAGAUCAAUGCCGAAUGUCAAUAUUUGAUGAUUCGCCUGGAAGAGGACAUCGAAGGCUUCUGUUUGCCUUUCACGGAGCAACAACUCCAGCCCAAUAGCAAUUUGAUCAGUGAAAUGGUCAGCGAAGCUAUUGUACCUUUGGUCUGCACGAACAGCCUUUUGCCCUUUAAGCCGCAUUCAGUGGCAGAGCGUCCCACAGAGAUCCAAUUGCGACGCAAGUACUUCACUAUCGAUGAAGACAAAAGGAACUCGUUAGGCGCCAAAAAUGAAGUCACAAAGCCCACCAAAUCGGCCACCAGCAGCAAAAGGAAAACCAUUGUGAAUGAAGUUGCUCCUGCUGCGGCUGCUGUUAUGCCUAAAUCGAGCUCCAGAACAGCAACAAAGCCAUCGCCACCAGAGGCUGGCAACAAGAGUGAUACGGUGAAUGUCAGUCGCCUGCAAUUGCAGGCAGCUCUGAAGCGAGCGCGUCUUAACAAGCAGGUAAACAGCGAGACUAAAGCGCAAAAUCCCAAGGAAUCGUUUCUGUACUCCUUUGGCCUUUGCACACAGCUGGAGCAUAAGCGUAUGCUCUUGGCCCAGGCGCUGAGCCACAAGCGAGUUCGAAAACCCGUACAAAAUUAGUUACCUCGAAUCUAGAAGUAAAUGUAGAGUAUAAUUAUUAAGUUUUAAAAAGUUUAUAAUGUUACGCAGUUCGAUAUAUUGUACAGCUGAAAUGACCCAAGCCAUAAUGCUUUGUGCUUUAACUAAUCGUAGUUAAACUUUGAGAUAUGUGUUCUUAUGUAUUCCUAUAUUAAUUUUCUUAAUUUAUAACUGUCAACCAAG